UUCUUCUUCAUCUCCCUGUCUCUGUCUCUGUCUCUAACCUAAACCCACACCUCGCGCGCCGCCGCCUUGCUCUCCUCCUCCCCGACCCCGAGUCCUCUUCGUGUGAGCUCGCACUCGCAGUCGCAGCAAUGGCGAUCAAGCGGACCAAGGCGGAGAAGAAGGUGGCGUACGACAAGAAGCUGUGCCAGCUUCUGGACGAGUACACCAAGGUGCUCAUCGCCGUCGCCGACAACGUGGGAUCCAACCAGCUGCAGGAGAUCCGCAAGGGGCUCAGGGGCGACUCCAUCGUCCUCAUGGGGAAGAACACCCUCAUCCGCCGCUGCAUCAAGGUGCACGCCGACAACACCGGCAACAAGGACUUCCUCGAGCUCAUGCCCCUCCUCGUCGGUAACGUUGGUCUCAUCUUCACCAAGGGUGACCUCAAGGAGGUCCGCGAGGAGGUCGCCAAGUACAAGGUUGGAGCUCCUGCUCGUGUUGGUCUGGUUGCUCCUGUUGAUGUGGUUGUUCCCCCUGGAAACACUGGUCUCGAUCCCUCCCAGACUUCUUUCUUCCAGGUGCUUAACAUCCCCACCAAGAUUAACAAGGGUACUGUGGAAAUUAUCACCCCUGUAGAGCUCAUUAAGAAGGGUGACAAGGUUGGCUCCUCUGAGUCUGCCCUGCUUGCCAAGCUUGGUAUCCGCCCCUUCUCAUAUGGGCUGGUGAUCACCAAUGUGUACGACAGUGGGUCAGUCUUCAGCCCUGAGGUGCUCGACCUCACUGAAGAGGACCUGAUGGAGAAGUUUGCAUCUGGUGUUUCGAUGGUUGCCUCAGUGUCCCUGGCAAUCUCAUACCCAACUAUCGCAGCUGCGCCACACAUGUUCCUCAAUGGGUACAAGAAUGUGCUCGCUGUUGCUGUGGAGACCGAAUACUCAUACCCACAUGCUGACAAGAUCAAGGAGUAUUUGAAGGACCCCAGCAAGUUUGCUGUUGCUGCCCCUGUUGCUGCUGCUGACAGUGGCGCUGCUGCUGUAGCUUCUUCCAAGGAGGAAGAGAAGAAGGAAGAGCCCGAGGAAGAAUCUGACGGUGACCUGGGCAUGAGCCUCUUCGACUAAAGCCUCUGAUGCCAUAUCUUUGCCAAGUCGAAAGUUUUGUUUCAGUUCUAAACAUCAAAGUCUGUCUAUAAUCUUUAGCAUUUCAAGCUUCUGGUAGUCAAGAACUAUCUAGGCCUUAGCGUGUAUCCAACAAUGUUAUCUUUAUUAUGCAAUUCAAUUCAGUUGUGCCCGUAUU